AUGACGUCUCUCAAUGGCAAUACUUCAGCUAUAAUUUUCACUUGUUUGGCCGUCAUAAUGAGUUUCCUUCGGAAGUACAAGCCAUUCAGGGUUUGGUUUACGUCAUUAUUCGAAACUUCAUUAUCCGACUACUUUUUACCAUCCAAGCAAAUCGUUGUAUCAUCACCAACCUUUACUCUGUCAAAAACUUCUGCUCAUUUCAAGGAGCACGGUAACACUACACUGUACGAAUUAAUUCAAGCUUUAACUCAAUUACAGGAAUAUCUUAUAAGAGGUCAAAGACAGAAUGGUGUCAUUUUUAACAGGACAAGAGAACUGCAGCCGGAGAACCUUAUGCAUCUGAGGAGAAUUAAGUAUUUUUCUAAGGUGGAUGAAGUUAAUAAAAGUAUACAGCAAAAUAACAUAUCAGUUCAAUUGGUUAUUCGAUAUGUAUUAGAGAGGCUAAUUGAAAAUAAUAAAAAUAAUGAUAUGAUGGAACAUCUGCCUGAUAUUUUGAAAACAACAUGUGCCGAUUUGGGGUUUAUGACCAGUGAUAAAGGCGAAUUGAUUCCCACAGGAGAUACUAUUAUAUUAGCAAAUUCCCCUUCCAAACAAUCCACCGUGGUUGAAGCAUUAGGCCACCUUUGUCGGGAUUGGAGUUCAUCCUUCGAAUGCGAGAGAAAUCCGUUGAAUGAUUUUGUUCAUAAAAGACUGCAGGUCUCGCUCAAACCGUCGAGUGACCAGGACACUCUAGUUAUUGUACCCGGUGCUGGUGUGGGUCAACUCGCUCAAUCUAUUGCGCACAAAUUUCCUCAUUGUAAAGUUGAUUCCAUUGAAUGGUCAGCGCUGAUGUAUGUUUUUAAUCAAUUUGCCUUGGACCAUCCUUAUGAUUUGGAUAUAAGUCCGUUUUCACAAUAUUAUUCCGGUCAUGUUGACCCUGAAAGCCAAACUAGACAAGUGCAAGUCAAUUUAAAAGAUGUUAUACGCCCCGCGAAUUUAAACGUUCUUUGGGGUGAUUUCAGACAAUAUACCACUAAUGACAAACAAUAUAAAAAAAUAUUUGUCUGUACAGCUUUUUUUAUCGAUACUGCAGAAAACUUGUUCGAAUAUUUUCAAGCAAUUGAAGAGUUUACCAAUUAUUGCGAUGAAUUGCAUUGGAUAAAUAUAGGUCCGUUGAAAUAUGGUACACGACCUUUGGUGCAAUUUACAGUUUCCGAGCUUAAAGAUCUACGCAGAAUAAGAGGCUGGGAAGAUAAAUGCGAGGAAGUAGUUAACGAUUAUAAUAAAAAGCUGAAUGGAUAUAUGACCGACUACGAGUCAUUAUAUCAAGGCUAUUAUGGACUUUUAAAGUUUCACUCUGUAUUUCAUCAAAAGGGAAAAGAGAGUGCAGUAAAUAAUUCUAAUUGA